AUGUCUGGCUUCACAUUUGGAACUCAAGCCUCGUCGAACCCACCAACCUCCACCACGACAACACCUGCUGCCGGCACAUCAUCAACAGGAGGAUUUGCUUUCAAUUUUAGAGGAGGUCAGCCAUCUCAAGCUCCAACAACGACUACUUCAACAACACAGCCUUCAACAGGUACGGCAACUGGAGGCUUUAACUUUCCGACGACUACAGCAGCAACAGGAACGACAACAACCACAGUACCUUCCAUAACAACCACAACAACCCAACCAACAACCACGACUGGUACAACUACGGGCGGCUUUACCAUUCCAUCAGGCACCACUACUACAUCGACAAAUCCUACAACAACCACUACUGCUGGCACAACUACUGGAGGCUUUAACUUUCCAACAAAUCCUACUCCUGGCUCGACAUCUGGAUUAAUUACUACUACAGCAGCAACAACACAGCCAGGAACUGUUGAUGUUGUAAAUAUUACUCCAAAAACAACCUUUCAAAAACUUCCAGAUCAAUAUAAAAAAGCUUGGCAGCAAUUUGAAAAAGAAAAGACGACCAAUAGAGAGAAAGCUGUAGAAAUUGUGAAACAACAAGAAAAUGCAAACGAUACACAAAAGAUUAAAAAACAUAUUGUGAAGAUUGAAAAGAAGAUAAAUGCAGCAAAAGUAAAUAUUGGACGUUCCAAAGAUACUGUAGAGACUAUAAAACAUGAUGUAUUGAUAGAAUCAAAGAAUGCUGAACAAGCUCAAAACAAUUUUAACAAGCUCAGAGCAACUUAUAGUAAUAUUGAUCCAAAUUAUUCUUCAACAUACUUUAUAAACACAGCCCAAAAAUUAGAACAGCGGAUGCAAGAGAUUUGGAAAGAAAUAGAAGAUAUCAGUCAAACACUUUCUCAUGGAGAUGCAUAUCAAAUGCCUUUUGGACAACUCUUACAAGGAACCAUAGUGUCACAACAACAAGCAUUCUUCAAUGCAGCUGCAAGACUUUCUAUCUUGCAUGAAAAGGUCAACGAACUAAAAGAGCUAUAUAUUAGAGCAUAUCAAAUUAAGGGAGAUCCUUUUAAGGAACCCUCUAAAACCACUAAGCCAUCCUUUAAUUAUUCAAAAUCAUUGAACGCCUCUCUCCCAGGUUUAAACAUUCAACCAAUCAUUCCAACAACAACAACCACAGGUAUCACAACCACCACCGCUCCAACAACCACAGGAUUUAAUUUUGGAAGUACCACUGCUACAGGUGGAACUGGAGGAUUUAACCUUGGUGGAUCCACCACAGCAGCCACUGCUCCAACAACCACUACUGGUUUUAAUUUCGGAGGCGGUACCAGUAGUGGUACUACAACAACAACAACAACUACUAGUGGCACAGGAUUCAAUUUCAACAGGCGAAGAUAA